AUGUGCAACGUCAACGCGCUCGGAGUCUACGUGUGGGAGACGAUCGUUUUCUUCAGCCUGGCAGCCUCCAAGGAAGCUGAAGCAGCAGCACGAUCUGCCCCCAAACCCAUGUCUCCUUCCGAUUUCUUGGAUAAGUUGAUGGGGCGAACUUCAGGAUAUGAUGCCAGGAUCAGGCCAAAUUUUAAAGGCCCGCCAGUGAAUGUCAGCUGCAACAUUUUCAUCAACAGUUUUGGUUCGAUUGCAGAAACAACUAUGGAUUACAGGGUGAACAUCUUCCUGCGGCAGCAGUGGAAUGACCCACGACUGGCGUACAAUGAAUAUCCUGACGACUCUCUGGACCUGGACCCUUCUAUGCUGGACUCCAUCUGGAAGCCUGACUUGUUUUUUGCUAAUGAGAAAGGGGCCCAUUUCCAUGAGAUUACCACAGACAACAAGCUUCUGCGGAUCUCCAGAAAUGGCAAUGUUCUCUACAGCAUCAGGAUCACACUGACUCUGGCCUGCCCCAUGGACCUGAAGAACUUCCCCAUGGAUGUACAGACGUGCAUCAUGCAGUUAGAAAGCUUUGGCUAUACGAUGAAUGAUCUCAUAUUUGAGUGGCAAGAAAAAGGAGCCGUGCAAGUUGCUGAUGGGCUGACACUGCCGCAGUUUAUCCUCAAAGAAGAAAAAGACUUGAGAUACUGCACAAAGCACUACAACACAG